CCCUUUUGGGGCGCGGGACCCCGGGCUUCAGCCGGGUCUGGCCUGGGAUCCCAGUACGGGUCCGGUUCCACUUCUCACCUGCCUUCCGGUCUCUUGGCUUCUGAUUGCCUUGUUUUUCCCGAACUGGGCGGGGGCCUCGCGGCGCUUGCCCCAGCGGCUGCCCUGUCAUUAUCCCUCCGAACCGGCAGAGUCACCGGAAGGAGUUAGAGUCUUGGUGUGGAGGCCUGGAGUGGGUAGGAUCCCGGAGCCAAUGCGGGAUCUCCUGACAUUCUCCCCGGGUCUGCAGCGAGGGAGCCCAGAGUGCCCCCUCCCACGCCAGGUUCACAGCAGGAUUCCAAGGAGGGUUGGUUAGAAGAGUGAGGACUGUUGGAGUCUCAGGUUUUGUUCAGUUAGUGUUGUAUCCUGUGUGUUACUAUGUGGCCCCGGGCUACAGCGAGAACAGAAUAUUACCAUAGACCAUGCCAGAUGUGCUUCAGUGGGAAGCAUCUUCCUGGCUUUGCUUAAAGCUGAAGGAGUUGGGUGUACCUGGCCAGCCUUUCUGGACAUGAACCAUGAGAGUCAGGGAUCCUUCCUAUUUCUGGGGGAUUGUAGCUCAGUGGUAGAGCACUUGACCAGCAUGUAUGAGUUCCUAGGCUCAAGCCAUUGUUACACGGCUUGGACUGGGUUUUUAUUGAAGUCUGCCGUCAGUCUAAGAGGUGGCAAGGAACUGUGAGGACUCUUUCUUCCUGCUCCUUCAACCAGCCAGACUCUGGGUGUGGGCUGUGGCUUCCUUGCAGAACGAACCUUCAUCAGCCUCCCGAACUGUGUCUCCAUACACCUGCGCCUUCUCCCCUGCUGGGACCCUCCCUCUGCAGCUAUGGUCUGGAGGACGCUGGGCGCAAGCAACUUUUCCAUGUGCCCCAAUGGCUCCAUCCAGUGGAUCUGGGAUGUGUUUGGUGAAUGUGCUCAGGAUGGCUGGGAUGAAGCCAGCGUGGUCCUGGGCUUGGUCUCCAUUCUCUGCUUUGCCGCAUCCACCUUCCCCCAAUACAUCAAGGCCUGCAAGACAGGGAACAUGGACCAGGCUCUAUCGCUGUGGUUCCUUCUAGGCUGGAUCGGUGGAGAUUCCUGCAACCUUAUUGGCUCCUUCCUUGCAGACCAGCUACCCCUGCAGACUUACACGGCUGUGUACUACGUCUUGGCCGAUCUCAUGAUGCUGACCCUGUACUUCCAUUACAAGUUCAAGAACCGGUCUUCUCCGUUGUCUGCCCCUAUCAACUCUGUGCUCUUGUUCAUCUUGGGGACGGUGUGUAUCACACCACUCUUACGCGUUGCUGAUCCUGUGGCUGUCUCCAGGGAAGGCUUCCGGGGACGGACACUCUUGUCUGUGGAGCCAGGCAAUAAGCCCUUUACAAAGAAGGAGGUCAUCGGCUUUGUCAUCGGCUCGGUCUCCAGUGUGCUGUACCUGCUCUCAAGGCUGCCUCAGAUCCGCACCAAUUUCCUACGGCAGUCAACCCAAGGCAUUUCCUACUCACUGUUUGCGUUGGUGAUGCUGGGGAACACACUGUACGGGCUGAGUGUGCUGCUCAAGAACCCUGAGGUGGGCCAGAGCGAAGGCAGCUACCUGCUGCACCACCUGCCCUGGCUCGUGGGUAGCCUGGGUGUGCUGCUGCUGGACACCAUUAUCUCUAUCCAGUUUCUGGUGUACAGGAGCCAGGCCACUGCUGCCGCCUCAGAGACAGAGCCCCUCCUCCCAAGCUGACCUGUGUCCCGGAUGAUGGGAACCUCAGCUGCCAUCCCAGGAAGGGCAAGGUGUGGGCUGUGAUACUGCCACCAUCGCUGGACUGGGCCUAGGAUGCGGCCUGAGGGAGGCCUGGAACUCUGGGCCUGGUUGCCUCCCCUCCAUGCCCGGCCUUUAAACAAGACUGGAGUUGGAUCAUGCUAUGCUGGUACAUACCUCUCAGGCGUAAGACAGCUGCCCGAGGGGCCUACAGGGAACACAAAGCUGUGGCCACCUCCCAUCCACCUACCUCAGUCUACCUGUGUACCCCAGGCUACAUCAUAGCCAGGGGACUCAGGGUUGUCCCCCUGACUGGACACAACCUAGUAAAUGAUAUCUUCCAGCUGG